GACCGGAGCGACCCAGCGACUCCGCAGCCCGGCCCCGGGGGACGAGCGGUGCCCCCCAUGUCCCAGCCCGCGGGGGGCUGAAGGCCGAGCUCGGGACCCCCGCGGACCCUCCCUCCCUCCCUCCGUCCACCCGAGCAACAAAGCGCCAUGGCCGAGGCCGCCCCCGCGCAGAUCACUCCGUGGAUGAUGGUGACGGCGAUUCAGGCCAUGGAGAGGAAGAUAGAGUCUCAGGCCGUGCGGCUGCUGGCCCUGGAGGAGAAGGCCGGGGGCGCCGAGAAGACGGUGGUCGAGUUCGGCAACCAGCUGGAGGGCAAGUGGGCCGUGCUGGAGACGCUGCUGCAGGAGUACGGGCUCCUGCAGAGGAGGCUGGAGAACAUGGAGAACCUGCUCAGGAACAGGAACUUCUGGGUCCUCCGCCUCCCCCCGGGCAGCAACGGGGAGGUCCCCAAGGUGCCGGUGACCUCUGACGACGGGGCCGUCUGUUUCUCGGAGCAGGAGUUGGGGACCCUGGACCAGGGGCAGAAGGAGCUCUACAAGAACGUCACGAAGGGCAACUACGAGACGCUGGUCUCGUUGGACUACGCCAUUUCCAAACCGGAAAUCCUCUCCCGGCUGGAGCAGGGGAAGGAGCCGUGUGAUGUGGAUCGGAGGGGCUCCAAAGGGCCGGCCGCCCCCUCAGACUCCAGCCCCGAAUCCUUGGUGCCCGGCCCCGACCUCAUUCUGCAGGUGAAGCCGGAGACGGAGCGGCGGGCCGAAGACCCUCCUCCGCCCUCGACCGGAGAGGCCUGGGGCGCCCCUCAGCUGGUUGCCGAGGACGGGCCGUGGGCCCCGAGUCACCUGGAUCCCGGGGCAGGAGAAAUCUCUGUGGACGGCCACACUGGGCCCCACUCCAACUUCGCCGCCUCCAUUCUGGCAGACUCCUGGCCGGCCAGCCUCCCCCCGCCCCAGCCGCCCCCGCCGGGCCCAGACCAGUUGUUGAAGGCGAACACGGUGGCGUCCUCUGAAGCGGACGUGAAGAUCAUCAUCAAAACGGAAGUCCCAGAGCAGGAGGAGGAGGAGGGAGCGGCCCCGGCGGUCAGCGCGGAGGCCCCGCCGGCCACCUUCUACGGCGCGGGCCCGGCCGCCGGCCCGUUCCCGAGCCCCGGCCCGGCCUGGGAGACCCCGGCCGGCCUGUUCCCCGCCCAGGAGCCGGGGCCGGGGCCGGGGGAGCCCGCGGGGCCGGAGCGGGAGCUGGGCCUGCUCAUCCCCAUCCUGGCCCAGGGGGACCCGCCGCCGGCGGACUGGCUCCUUGGCGGGGCCCGGUGGGGGUGGAACUUGGUGUCCAAGCCCCCGGGGGCUCUGGCCUACCCCUUCCCCCCCGAGGGGGCGCUGAGGGGGGGCGGCGGCGGCGGCGGGACCACGGGACCGAGCCCCAGGCUGCUGGGCGAGCCGUACCACCUCCCGGGCUGGGCCAAGGGCUCGGGCCCCCGGGGCGGUGCCAGGAAGCGCCCGGCCUCGCCCCCGGGUGAGCGGCGGCUCUUCACCUGCGCCACGUGCGGGAAGAGCUUCCGGCUGCAGGGGAGCCUGGCGGCCCACCAGAGCACCCACCAGGGGCCGGGGCCCGGGCCGGGCCGGGACGGGGGCGGGCCCGCGGCCAGCGGGCUGCGCUGCGGCGUGUGCGGCCGCCGCUUCAACCGGGCCGCCCACCUGAUCCGCCACCAGAUGCUGCACACGGGCGAGCGGCCCUUCCCCUGCACGGCCUGCGACAAGCGCUUCACCGAGCGCUCCAAGCUCAUCGACCACUACCGCACCCACACGGGCGUGCGGCCCUUCAAGUGCGUGGCCUGCGGCAAGAGCUUCAUCCGCAAGGACCACCUGCGCAAGCACCAGCGCAACCACGCGGGCCUGGGCCUGGGCCUGGGCGGCGGCGGCCCCACCCUCGGCCAGUCGGGCCCGGAGCCGCCGGGAGUCCCGCCGGGCCUCAGGGUCUCGGCCCCCAUGGACCGUUAGCCCCCGGCCGGGCCCGGGGGGAGACGAGGCCCGGGGGCGGCGGGGACGGUCGACCCCAGGAGAGCCGCGGGCUCGGCCUCCUCCGGCCCGCCCCCGAUCCGUCUGCGGCAGGAGGACGCCCUGCCUUGGCCUCGGUUCGCCGGCCGGGAGGAAGCGGGAUUCCUCUCCCCGGCUCCUGGAGCGCCACUUCAUCCCUGGAACGGGGGGCUCCCCUCAACUGUCGCCACCCGAGGGUGAGGAAAAGGGAUCGUGGAGGUGCCCCCACCCAGCCGCCGGUCAGGGGCAGAAGAGACUCUUUUGGCAUCUCCUCCGCUCCGUUUGGAAUGCCACAUUCCGCUCUCGGCCACCCUGUAGUGGGCAAUCCACCCUGUGUAUUAUCCAGGGUCGAUUUUUAAAAUGGUUUUUUUUUUUUAGUUUUUUUAUGCUCUCCCCAGCCGGGCCCCUCUCCUCGCCGCCCCUUCCUUCACGUGUCCCAUGACACUCUCUCUCGGCCACAGCGGCCCCCUCCCCGGCCUCUGCCCUCCACUAGGACCCCCACCCCCCAGCCUCUUCCCUGCUUCGUCUGAUCGGUUUUGCACAUCUCUCCUCCCCGAGGCGCGUCCUCGAAGCUUGGCGACCACUACCCCGACCCACCUGCCGGGCCGGCAGCCGGGAACGAGAGCCUGGUUUUAGCCACUUCCCAUCCAAACGUCCAGGAAGGGAGGAGCAGAUCGGUUCCCCCGGUCCGGCCGGCCGACGGCCGACCACCUUUUGUACCCGUUUACGAGUCCGACGCCGACAUUUUCGUCGUUCGUAUUUACACAUCCGAUGCAGACCUUUUCCAUGUUUUUGACAGUGGAUGAGCGGACAGUAACUUGUUAUCUAAUAAAAAUGACUGGAUCACACGGGUGCCGCUGGUUAUUUCAGUUGGAU